UAUCUAUGUUCCUCCCCUUUUCAUCUAGUAUCAUGUUCUUCAGUCCUUUUUAUCAGCUGAUUUUCUGCUGCAGCUCGUUUAUUCCGUCUUCAGCUUCUUCACAGCAGCUUCAAUCAGCAGAACAACAGCAGCUUCAAACAUGUCAGUGAAGGUUGCCGUAGUAACAGGAAGCAACAAGGGCAUCGGAUUGGCCAUCGUCCGAGCGCUCUGCAAGCAGUACCAGGGUGACGUUUACCUCACAUCCAGAGACGUUGGUCGUGGUGAGGAAGCCGUGAAGUCUUUGUCCUCUGAGGGACUGAAUCCAAAGUUUCAUCAGCUGGACAUCAAUGACGUGAGCAGCAUCACAGCUGCAGCAGCUUUCUUCAAAGAGAAAUACGGAGGAGUCGAUGUCCUCAUCAAUAACGCUGCGAUCUUAUUCAAAGAGGGGGACACGACUCCAUUUGCUGUCCAGGCUGACGUGACCCUGAAGACGAACUUCUUCGCCACCAGAGACAUGCUGACUCACUUCCUGCCGCUCAUCAAAGCCGGAGGUCGUGUUGUGAACGUCUCCAGCCUCGGCGGUUCUUGGGCUUUGAAAGACUGCAGUCCAGCUCUGCAGCAGCGAUUUCGCAGCGAGGACAUAACGGAGGACGAGCUGGUCGGACUGAUGCAGAGAUUCGUCGCUGAGAGCCAGAAAGGAAAACACAAGGAAGACGGCUGGCCGGAAACAGCGUACGGAGUGUCGAAAACCGGCCUGACGACUUUGUCCAUGAUUCAUGCUCGUCGUCUGUCUAAGGAGCGACCAAAUGAUGGGAUCCUGGUGAACGCCUGCUGUCCAGGAUGGGUUCGCACCGACAUGACGAGUGAGAAAGCCCCAAAGUCACCAGAUGAGGGCGCCAUCACUCCGGUGUAUCUGGCCCUGCUGCCUCCUGGAGCCACAGAGCCUCAUGGGAAGUUUGUUUCUGACAAAGAGGUUCAGCCCUGGUGAAAAUAUUCAAGAAAACCAAUUUGUGACCAACAAGUGUGUGAUUGUGCAUCUGUCUGCUGAGUUAACAGAAUUAACAAAAUAAGGUGCUGUUUUCAUAAAAUGAUUCGUUGUCAGUUUAUAUGUUACAUGGAAAAACAGAACUUGCCUUAACCAGAAUGCAUUUUUUGCUACAAUAAGAAGCUUUAACAUUGAGAUGUUACGAUUUCAUGUCAGAGCAUUAAAUGAACUUUAAAUCAGAAGGACUACCUUAAAAUGUGGAUGAACAAGUACAAUUAAACACACUACACUGCAAUGUGAAAUAAUUUUGAUAAUUCACUGAAUAAAAGUAUAAAUGCAGCUUGUAAA